AUGAGACCUCCGCCAAAGCGGGCCGGAGGCCGCCAGUCAAGAGGGCCGGCUCUCACUUCUGUUCUCCCUGCUUCCGAUGGAUCUCGGCGUGCAGUACCCAGUACCGGCGUGCCACCAGACGAGAGGCUGGACUCUCCGCCUGGUUCGGCGAAUGGACCAGGUCACGGCAAGGUUGAGACAGGUGCUGGUGCCGCCGUCGAGGGCGAAUCUACACCUAGCCCCGAGAGUGAUCGCCACCGGCUCAGCUCCCAAGCAGCUGUACCACCAGCAGCGCCGGAGGCUUCGGCAGCCGAUGAGCUGCAGCGACAAGAUCGCCACCUCUCCAGCGAGGACUGCGUGUUUCGAGUCGGGGACACGGUCCUGGCCAGAACCGCGGGCAGGCCUGCCAGAGAGGCCACUGUUGUCGAGGCGGACCCCUCCGACGGUUCGCGCUUCAAGGUCGCUUUCAAGGACAAGCGUAAGAAGGGCGGCUGGCGGGACAAGAGCGAGCUGUCUUCUCUCCCUCGGCCCGCCGACGCUGGGUCUGCUGCAACCGCGAAGGUGCCGCUGGCGUCGAGUUCUGCCGCUGCUGCUCAUGAAGCAAGACCGGCGCCGCCGCAGCACCAGGGAGAUGACAGAAACGCAGAGGUCGAUGCUACUGCUGCUGCUGCUGCUGCUGCUGCUGCUGCUGCACCGGGACCAUCGCUAGCCGCCGACAGCGAGGCGACAUCUAGCAAGCAGCAACCGCCCUGUUCAGAAGUUGUAGCAGCUGAAUCAUCGGGGGCACUGGCGGCUGUGGUGAAUAAUGAGGCACAGCGACAGGGUCACGACCUCCCGAGCAUGGGCUGCUUGUUCCAAGUCGGGGAUGCGGUGCUGGCGAGCACCGCCGGCAAGGCGGCGGUGUCUUCUUCGGAGGCCACCGUUGUCGAAGUGGAUCCCUCGGGCGGCUCGCGGUUCAAGGUUGCUUUCAAAGACAAGCGCAAGAAGGGGGGCUGGCGGGACAAGAGCGAGCUGUCCACUGUUCGGUACACCGGCGCCGGAUCUACCCCCGCGGGACAGCCUCCUUCAGAGCCUGCUUCCGGCGACGCUUGUGGCACGGGCGGCGGCGGUGGUGGUACCGUUGGUGCUGAUCCUGCUGCCGGGCUACCACGGCCAGGAGCCAGUGAUACCAGCUCAGCACCGGAAUGUCCUUCAACAGCGGUCGAGGCCGAGCCGAUGCCGCAAAGCGACCGACGGCGUAGCACAGCAGCGGUAGUCGGCGCUCAUGAGUCUUCGGAGGCGUCUGCGCCGGUACCGGCACCGGCGUCGCCCCCGGGCCCCUUGUUUGGAGUCGGGGAGGCGGUGCUGGUGAGCACGGCCGGCAAGACGGCGGCGACAGCUUCGUUUGAGGCCACGGUUGUCGAGGUGGACCCCUCCGACUCCUCGCGGUUCAGGGUCGCCUUCAAGAACAAGCGCAAGCAAGGUGGCUGGCGGCACAGGAGCGAGCUGUCCGCUCUUAUUCGCCGCACCGGCGCUAGAUCUACCGCCACGCGACCAGCUUCUGGAUCGGUCGGCAACGCCGGUGCUACCAGUGGCUCUUCUGCACGUCACGAGAGGAGUAGAGCCGGGGUGUUGGGGCAAGGAGGCCGUGCAUCCGGGGCCCCGGCACUGGACGCUGCUUCCGAGGCGAGAGCGGGGGCGAAGCGCCCUCCGGGCCAAUGCUUGCAGCGGUCGGCGUCAGAGGGGGAGAGGCCCGUCGACAAAGUCGGGAGUAGGAAAGCAACGGCCUCGGUGAUGGAUGCUACCGCCGUGGGGGAGGGCGGUGCCGUUUCGAGACCGCCGAAGCGAAAGCGAUCCGCGGCUACUGCGGCGGCGGCUGCCAUCACGGCAACUGCUGGCAACCGUGGUAGAGGAGGCAGCGGAAGCAGCGGCGGCGGUGGCGUCGAAGCUAUCAAUAAGAAACCUGUGAAGAAGGGGGGCCACGCCAAACGGGGGUCCGUUCCUACUGCUGGUGGUGCUGCCGCUGGGAUCACAAAAAAGACGCCCCGCAAGAAGGGCUGGCAACGGCCGACGGUGGUGACUCCUGGGUCUGCGGAGGGACGCCCGGAGUCUGCACUCAGGACUACCCACCCGACGGGGAUCAUCCGGCCGAGAAAGCAGUUUAAGGUCCAACAGGCCCGAGAAACGCCCAAGAACAGGACCGGCUCGAGCGACCCCACGUCUCGGGGAGCGACGACACCCCGUUCUUCCUUCUCGGCCGGCCGCGGCGGCAGCGCUCCCCGCCGCAUGCUCUGCCAGCCGUCCCACUCCGUUCGAGACGCCAAGCGUGGAGGUUUUGAAGGUGGUGAUGGCGGCGACCGCAGCAGUGGGGUAGGAGGAGGAGCAGGGGCUGACGACGAAUCGGACGUGGUCCGGCGUGGGCGGCGCGCGCGGAGGCAGGUGCACCCGAGCCUGUCGGAGGACACGAUGGCGGCCGCCAAUGGCGGCAUCGAGAGCGACUACGGCAGUGGUGCUGAGGGCAGCGGUGAAGACCGGGAGGGCGCUGGUGCUGGCGCAGGCUACGGAGACGCCCCUUUUCGCUUCCGCACGAGCGAGUUUGCGCCGUGGGGGGAGGGAGAUAGGCCGCUAAUCAAGGUGGAGACAGCAUUGAUGGAGGCGAAGGUGCGACUGAGCCUGCUGGAAGGGGACGCCCCGCUGUCGGCCGAGCGCAGCGCUCUCGCGGUCGUGACGUUUGUGUUCGACCGCCACCGCUACUCGGCCGAGCAGCUGGCCAACGUCCUGACGGCCGAAGGCUUCCUGUGCUACCGUGAAGAGGGCACAAGGGUGUUCGUGCUCACGGAGAGCAAGGAAGCCAACCAGAAGGAGGCCCUGAUGCGCGUGCGAGAGCUGGCGCUUUCGCGGUGCGGCGUGGAGGUGAAGGCGACCCCGUGGCUCAAGGGUCGGCCCGCCCUGAACGAGUUCCUGGACAACCACCGCGGCGUCCUCGACCUCAUCAUCCGCCACCGCUUGGCCUGCGGGAUGUGGUCUGAGGUUGGUGGGGUCUACUUCAACGCGCUGUUCUGCGGGCGGCGGUCGAAGCGCACCUUCAAUGGCGUCCGCCUGCAGAUCAACCUGGCCGUGUCGCACAACCGUGCCCUGGAGACCGGGGUCUGGGAGCUGUGGAUGACGGUGGAACCCGUGGUGCACCGCUUCUCGCCCGUGGAUUGGUGGGCUCUCAUGCAAGAGAAGGAGGACAAGGGGCUAGCAGAUUUUUCCGGAUCCAAAUCGGACGAACUCGAGGAGCGGUUGCAGGUCGUCUGCCUACCAAAGCUGACCCGUGGGGUGGUGGACGACGUCAAGGAGGACGCGUUCGAGAUGGACCUUCUACAGGAGGCCAACCUCAAGAGGGGCUACUACGUCGGCCCUCGCUCGGAGGACGAAAUGGAAUUCGAUUCUCGGGACGUUCUCGUGGCCCCUGACGCAUUCCUUUUUCCGGUGUUGACCUACCCGAGCUGGUGCGUUAUUCGAGGGCAGAAGGAGAUCCCGGAGGCGACGAAGGCUAUGCGCGGACGCAUUCUGGACUCGUUUACGGACGCCCUUGACGGUAAUUCUGAAGUGGUUCUGUCGGCUUCGACUGCUCUAUGGAGCAGCUUCUUGCCCUCCGUCGUGUCAGGCAUGCAGGGCGUGCACGUGAUGGAGACGACCUUCACUUGGCAGGUGCAGGGCGAAGGAGAAGGUAGGACGUUCGGCGACGCCCAGGCCUUCGCCACCGCGAACGGCACGGCGGUGGCCGUUCAGAAGACCGGCGCCUCGGCCCCCGCCGUUACUCCCGGUCCCGCGUCGGGCGACGGAGACGGCUCAGCGGCAGCACACGGCGACGGCGACGACGGCUCCGUGGGAGGCGGCUCCGGGAGGGCGACGCAAGCGGCGGCUGAGCUUCGCACGCCCGGACCCUCCGCGGCAGGGGUGGACGGCGCGGCGGCGGACAGCAGUGGUCUUGAUAACGAUCAGAGGGGGGGAUCCGCGCCGGUGGUGGUGACCCCCCCCGCGGAUCCCAACGCGUCGACGCCGCCACCUCCCCUUCUGGUGUGCCGCCUGGGGGAACAACAGCAGCAGAGCCCGGAGAGCAGGGCCGCGGCGGCGGCGGCGCAGGCAUCGGUUGCCGCUGUGCGGAAGAGCGUCGUUCGGCGACGAGGAGCGGUCGUGCCGAACAGAGUCCCUUCGCGGCCAACGGGGGCGGCUGGUGCUGCCGGUGGAGCUGGUGCUGCCGGCGAGUCAUCGUCGACCCCACGCCUGUGCUCGAUUCCUUUCGUCAUCAAGAGGAACACAGCCUCCCCGUCCUCCGCCGUCGCGACAGGGAAGGUUAGCGGCAACAAAAGCGGGCCGCUAGACCUGAGCGGGGGCGAUCAAGCCGCGGCGAUGGCGCGGCAAACCGAAGGAAGAGAUAGUGUCGACCUUGGCACUCCUCGGGCGGACGGCAGCGGCGACCGCAGCGACACGGCCGCUCCUACACCGGCAGCUGCCAGGGUAGUGACGCCGGCGCCAGCCUUCUCCGAGGGGGCAGGGCGGAAGAAGAAACGCAAGGACAAGUCCUCGCGCCGGGAGGGAGGGGCGGCGUCCGUCGACAAGGAACGGCGGAAGAAGAGAAAGAAGGGAGCCGGAAUGUCGGCGGCGCCGGCGCCGGCGCCUGCGGCGGUCGGGGCCGGAGAAAGACUCGGGGCUGGGGAGGAGUUGAGGGGCGCGUCUCCGGCGGGGGGUACGCCUGCUGCCGCGCCUCCUCCGAUGGUCGUAACCUUUGCGGCCGCCGGUAGCCUAGGGAUGGGGCUGGAAGCGGACACAACGGAGGAGGGCACCAUGCGCCUGGCCGGCAAGGCGCCGACGAGCGCGGCCGCUGCGGUUCCGAACGGCUGGCGACUCACGGCGGUGGGCGGCAAGAGCGUGCGGCGUCUGGGAGGUGGGUGCGCUGACGGUAAUGAGAUCGUGCGCGCCGCUCCGACCAAAUCGAAGGCGGCGGCGGCGGGGGCAAAGCCGAAGGCAGGGACCAAGGCAAAGGCGCCCGCUGGCCGGAGCAAGGGCAAGAAGGCAAGCAAGGUCACCACCGUUCGGAAGGCUUUCAAGAUUCAGGCACGAGCCUCGCCUCAGCAGGAGAGGCAGGGAGGAGAAACCGGCGGCGGAGGUGGGGGACACGCCGUUCCCGUGGCCGUGCAGGCAAGCUCCACCUCGGCAGCGAUCUAGCUUCCUCAACUCAUGCCGACAAACGCUCGGUGUGUCGUGGGGUACGGAGAAGGAUGCCGAGAAGGAGGGGGGUUAGAUACCACGUGCUUUUCCUGUAUCUCUUUUGCAGUGUCCUCACGGGAAACGCCAGCGGUGGCGGCGAGGACGAUCUGGGGUGACGGGGCGUUUUGUUGUCGCUGGUCGGAAGGCUUCAGGGGCGGGGGUGCUGCGACCCUGUUCUUGUGCGAUCAAAUUUUGAAUACCAUGGAACGAUGGACAGCGCGCUCCCCUUCCGCUUGGUUGGAUAGAUUGAGCCAGGCUGUUUUCAGUGAACGGCGGAAGGUUGAAAUGGACUGGGAGGUGGGGGACGGAGGAAGACAGAGAAGGUGUGUAGCACAGAUGACGGAGGCCCCCUCAUGGGGGUGAAAAGUCCACGGGUGGGUGGGGACGAUCUGUGGUGCCAGCGAGUGCGUUGGGGAGGAGAGAAGUGGUGUGCCUCGAUUCAAGGACAGGCGGCGCGUGAUCCUCGACGAUAGGCGUCGUCCCCCCCUCGCCCUGGCCCCGCCCCUCCCUCUUGUGGAUGGUGUAACAAUAGAGUGAACGCUGACGAGUUUAGAGUGGUUCGGCAACUAGAAAAAGAGCAUCGGGCGGGUGGCGGGAAAAGAAACUUCUCAACUGCUACAUGCUGGAGUUGUUGCAAGAUGUUGAGAAGGCAUUGUGCCUCAUUAUCCUUGAUUUUUCUCGUUUUGGUGUUCUUUCACCACGAAUGAAGGGCGACCAAUCAGUGUUGAUUGACGCUGCUGGUUCGUCAACACGCACGCGAUGGGAAGGGGCGAUACGAAAAGCGAAGUUGUUCUGCGCGCGGUCGGCCGCAACUGGGGUUGAUUAGAAACGGUGUGUUUGCAUGCUUCGCUGGGCUGACGUUUGGGCGUGGAGCCUCUCACGUGCCGGCCGUGCGAUUGGAGUGGGGUUGGUGCUAAUAGCUCGGACCGGAGGGUGGGCCUAGCAGCACUAGAUACAGAGAUUACGCGCGGCGGCCGCUUCUUGUCAAGGGCGUCCAGAUGAGCUUUGGAGGACAUUUAUUUUCCCUGGGGGUGCAUCGUGAGUGAUUGCGUUGCUGGCGUUACUGGCGUCAGGUGUCGUUGUUAUUAUUGUGUCCAGCGUGAACAAUCGCGCGCAUGUAGUAUAGACUAAGCUACCGAAAACAAAUAUUGCGUGUUGAACGGGAUGUCGUGUUUUGAGUGUACUGGUUGCGCUUUGUGUUGUGGGGCCGUCCAAUUUUGGGAUGUAGGUUGUCAAUCAGUAGGUUUGCCGGGGUAGGGGGGUUAUGAGGGAGCUCUUGUUGCUUGCUCCAGUGUUGAGACAAUUCGUUGCAUGUCCUGGCCUCAAUUGUAAGUUUUCGCGGGUACAGUGUAGAUUCCGUCGGAACAAUUUUCUCUGCAUAUACUCGAAAAUCGACCGUAUCACCGUGCGUGCCACUCUUUGUCUUGAUACGGUCUCGAGAGCCUUUGCAGCCUUUGAAGAAAGCACGGUGCCGACAGUGCAGAAAAUCUCGGAGUUGUCGUUGUAAUGUUUUGUGUUGUGCUUUCGUCCGCCAUGUAUUCUGGGGGCCAGUUUACACCUUGCUGUCGGUAUAUAUUUCAUGCA